GCGCGUCUUCUUUCUCUCCCUCUCUCUUCUCCCCCCCGCUAGCAAAAUGUUCAUCGGGGGACUGAGCUGGCAAACGACGCAAGAAGGCUUGCGGGAGUAUUUCAGCCAGUUUGGCGAAGUGAAGGAGUGCCUGGUGAUGAGGGAUCCGCUGACCAAGCGAUCCAGAGGAUUCGGUUUCGUCACCUUCAUGGACCAAGCGGGGGUGGACAAGGUUCUGGCCCAAUCCAGACAUGAGCUGGACUCCAAGACGAUUGACCCAAAGGUGGCAUUUCCACGCCGGGCGCAGCCGAAGAUGGUGACGCGAACGAAGAAAAUCUUUGUGGGAGGCCUCUCUGUGAACACCACGGUGGAGGACGUGAAACAGUACUUUGAGCAGUUUGGGAAGGUGGACGACGCCAUGCUGAUGUUUGACAAGACGACCAACAGGCACCGAGGCUUUGGAUUUGUCACUUUUGAAAGCGAAGACAUUGUGGAGAAAGUCUGCGAGAUCCACUUCCACGAAAUCAACAACAAAAUGGUGGAAUGCAAAAAAGCUCAGCCAAAGGAAGUCAUGUCCCCCACUGGCUCGGCAAGAGGGCGAUCCCGGGUGAUGCCUUACGGGAUGGACGCUUUCAUGCUUGGAAUCGGCAUGUUGGGUUACCCAGGGUUUCAGGCGGCCACCUAUGCCAGCCGAAGCUACACAGGCAUCGCGCCCGGCUAUACCUACCAGUUUCCCGAAUUCCGGGUAGAACGGACCCCCCUCCCGAGUGCCCCUGUUCUCCCCGAGCUCACAGCCAUCCCCCUCACGGCGUACGGACCGAUGGCAGCGGCGGCCGCGGCGGCGGCUGUGGUGCGCGGGACAGUCCUCCUUCCCCCCCUAGGUUCCACCCCGAGUCGCACUGGGGGGUUCCUGGGCACCACCAGCCCGGGCCCGAUGGCGGAGCUGUACGGAGCGGCCAAUCAGGAUUCAGGAGUCAGCAGCUACAUCAGCACGGCCAGUCCCGCCCCAAGUACCGGUUUCGGCCACAGCCUAGGGGGACCUUUGAUUGCAACAGCAUUUACUAACGGUUACCACUGAAGCUGAGGACCAAGAAAGAAUGAGAUUCUCCAGCAAGCAAACCAAGGACCGCGAGCUGGAGGAUCCGGCCGAACUUGAGGGACAAGCCAAGAUUUCACUGUAGUCCAUAAAACUGCACCCUGGAGGCGGUUGGCCAGCUCCGCUCUCUCCUGUGACCGGAAAGCACUGGAUUUGAACACAGGGGAGACCUUGGUCUCCUCUUAUUAACUGCAGGCCGUUUACACUUCUCCCCGAACCCCCUGCCCCCCUGAUUCUUCUUUUCUUUAUUUUGUUAGCCGGUUAGUUCUUAUUCUUAUUUUUUAAUC